CGUUUCUUGUUUUUCAGCCACCAUUUUGGGAGUCAAAAUAUUCGUGAAAAGCUAACACACCUCCACGGGUUUCGUGGCCUUACUAUGGUUCACACGUGUGUCGUGACUGGCUGUCGUAACAGAAGAACGCUAGGCACCUCACUGUCUUUUUACCGUUUCCCACGCGACCCCGAGAGAAAACAACGUUGGAUUGCAGCUGUAAACCGCGAGGGAUGGGUUCCAAAUGACGGGAGUAGACUGUGUAGUAAUCAUUUCAUCUCAGGUAAACAGGUGAAGAACCCCCGGUCACCAGAUUAUGUUCCUACUGUGUUUGCUGCCCCUCCUCCAUCUCCAGAGAUGAAAGAAACAGGUUCCUUUGAACUUCUAGAUAAGCAGGAAGCCCAAGUGGAGGCGGCAAACGCCUUGCUCUUCCUCCAGGGUCAGGGCAGGGUCAAGUGUGAACUAGGCCAGAGCCAGGAGGACCAAGAAACAGCUGAGACCGCAACCUCAUCUUCCAGCAGUGAAGAAGGGGAGGAGUCAGACCUUUCGAGUGACAGCAAAAGUAAGGGAGGAAAGCCCACCAAAAUGUCUACCACGCCCACCAAGUACGAAGACACCCUCCUGGCGUUGAAGAAGGAGAACCGGGCUCUCAGAGAGGCUGUGGAAAAGCAGUCUCUAACUGAGAACUCCCUCAGGAACGACCCGGAGAAGGUGAGGUUUUACACCGGCCUGCCCAACUACUUUGUGUUUGAGACGGUCAUGUGGCUCCUGGCGCCGCACAUGGACGGAGCCAAGAACGUGAAGCUAGCCAAGUUCCAGCAGCUGCUGCUAACCCUGAUGCGUUUCCGCCUGGACCUUCGCAACCAGGACCUGGCCUACCGCUUUGGCGUGAAGGUCGGCACGGUGACCAGGACUGUGCACAGGAUGGUCAACAUCAUGUCCAACACGCUGGUGCCCACCGCUGUCUUCUGGCCCUCCAGAGCCGAGCUCCGCAAGAACCUCCCUGCAGCGCUGCGCACGUCCUACCCAGACUGCGCUGUCAUCAUAGACUGCUUCAGGGUGACCUUCGAGAAGCCCGCAUCUCAGACCAACCAACAAGAGGCUGCUGGGACACCAUCUGCGCAAGGGGCGGGGCGCAACACGCUGAAGUACCUGAUAGGUGUGGCCCCGCAGGGCGUGGUCACCUUUAUCUCCAGGGGGUCCCCGGGGGACGUCAGUGACAAGAGCGUGGCGGAGGGGUGUGGCUUCCUGUGUAAGCUCCUACCAGGGGACGUGGUCUUGGCAGAGCGGGAUCUGGAGAUUGGAGAGUCCGUAGCAGCUUGCGGUGCCCUGUUGCAGGUAACGGGGGGCCACGUGGACGCGUACGACGGGGACUCCUCGCUGGAAGAGGCGUCCUUGGAGAGGCAGAGCGUGCGCAGACACGUGGAGCGGGUCAUCGCCAUGGUGAAGCAGCGGUACGCCAUGCUGGCGGGCCCUGUGGAGAGCUGCUUCAUGGCUGCCGAGCGCACGUCAAACCUGACCACGUUUGAUAAGAUUGUGCAAGUGGCUUGUGCCUUAAACAACCUGUGCAUCUCUGCUGCUCCUCUGGAGUGAUUUUCACUAGAGCUGCUGGUUAUGGGCAGCCUGCACUGUGUAUGAUCUCAUACACUAACAAGUGUUUCCUUCUCUGGAGAAAGAAGCUGUUUUCUGGUUAGAUUAAUUUGUAUAAUUGAAAUGAACAGAGCAUUCCUUUGGCUUUAAUUUUGGACCAGUAUAUGCCUGAUUUAUUUUUUGUAAUUGUGGACAAAGUAUCAAGGACAGUUUCUUCUUUGUUGAGUUGGGCUCAUCAGCUUUUUCAGCUGAUGUGGGUUCUUGGGAUUUAAAAAGUAUUUCCACAGAUAACGGAGAAUCUGGACCCCAGCUUGCUGGAUCCCGUGUUGCUGAAAGCUGAUAUUUUAACUUAUCACUUGAAGUAGUCGUUUUGGACUAUGACCGUUCCGUGAAGUUACAGCUGAACUGGACAUGCACACAGCCCUCAGGUUACAGUGCCUUAGAGUGUAUUGCUGGCACUGUUGUAACAAAACAGCCUGCAUUUGUAUUUUUUCCGUUAUACAGAAUGCCUCAAGAUCCUUU